UAUGAGUGAUUAAUUGAUCAUUAAAAGGAGGAGACGUAAUACAAUAGAUGCCACAAAUUAAAUUAUCACUCUAAAUUUGUCAGACAAUAAUUCCUCAUUGUUAACACUUAAGCAAGAGAUAUCAAAAAUAAGUAUUACUUUUGGAAUAUUCCAUUAGCUAGAAUUAAACCAUUAAGAUAAUGGUUAACAAGUGAAGAUUUAAAAACUGUAUAUGAUGAUAAUAGCAAACCUUUAAAUUAAUGUGGAUUUAAAAGUGGAUAAGUUUUGGUUGUAAAGGAUUUAGGACCUUAAAUGCUAUGGAUCACAGUAUUUUAUGCAGAAUAUGUUGGUCCAAUUUUGAUGUUUGUUUUGUUGUACUACUUAGGCAAGAAAGAUAAGUACACCUUUAUGCAAAAGUAAGUAAAUAAUUAAAGACUUAAGAUCUGCUUUAUGGAUGGUAGCUGCACAUUACAUAAAAAGAAUAUUAGAAACAAAAUUUGUACAUGUAUUUAGUCGAGACUCAAUGCCAACAAAACGAGCUUUGAUUAAUUGUUUCCAUUAUUGGAUUCUAUGUGGAGCUUGUAUUGGAUCUGAAUUAUAUUUAUUAAGAACUUUUAAGGAAGAUCCAGCUUGGAAGAAGAUUUUUAUUGCUUUAUUUGCAGGAUUUGAAUUUUUAAAUUUAAUGUGUCAUUUGAGAUUGGCUAGCUUUAGAAAGUAACCAGCUAUUAAAAAAAAUGACUCUGAUUAUGUGGCAUUGAACAAAUAAAGAUAAAUUCCAUAUGGAUGGGGAUUUGGUAGAAUUUCAAGUGCAAAUUAUUUUUGGGAAACAAUGGCUUGGGUUAGUUUCACUAUAUUUACUGGUUCAUAUGCAGGUAAUAAUAUAAUGAUUAAUUAAUUUAGCAAUUGGAUUCACUGCUUUUUCAUUUUCUUAAAUGAUGAUUUGGGCUAAACAAAAACAUUAAAGAUAUCUUAAAGAAUUCGGAGAUAAAUACCCAAAAAACAGAAAAGCUAUAGUUCCAUUUAUUGUAUGAAGAAUAUAAUAUUGUGUCAUCAUUUAAAUAUAAAUAAA